ACUAUGAGCUGCACAGAGGUUAUGUAUCAAGCGUAUUAUCCGUAUCUGUACCAGAGGUCUUCGGGCACGGCUGCUCCACCGACCAGGGCACCGCAUCAUCACUUCACGCCGUUCACCCAUCAAUAUGAUCGGUUGAGAGCGUUGGAAACACACCAGCAAGCAUCCACAUCUUCGCCGAUUGGCGGUGGAGACUCACCAGCUAACAGAUGGACAACAAUUGCAGAUCAUACAGACUCACAUCACAGCAGUGUCGGAUCCGGAGCAUCCAGCGUGGGCCCUGUUGGUGGAAUUGCGAGCCCUGCGUCCUCGCCGGCCACAGCCAAUAGCGUUUCGGUAGUACACAAGGAAGAGGACACAUCCAGAGACGAUGCUCGUACUGAAAUGGACGAGGACGAGGACAACGUGCAGGACGAUUCUAGAACGCGCGGGGACAGGCGUGUUGCCGCACACGCGCAAUACGUGUCAGUAAAUUGCGUGGUGUUCACUCACUAUACUGGGGACGUCGCCACUGUGGUUGACGAACACUUUUCCAGGGCGUUGAACAGCGAUCAAAAACUCAACAACGCCCAUCAAACGUCGACUAAAGAUACUUCCCCAAUGUCUUCUAGAAACUUCCCAGCGUCGUUUUGGAACAGUAAUUAUCACUCGCAUCACUCCACUAGUCAAGUGUAUCAUCCCGACACAAUGUAUCAUCAUCACGGCACUGCAGGUAACCCCGCAGAUCCAUGGCAAACACAUUACCAACAAUAUACAGCUGCAGCUGCUCAUCACCAUCACAGGGCCGUGCACGAAUACCAUCACCACCAUAACAUGGCCGCCCAGUACGGCAGCCUAUUACUACCGCCACCGACUUCUAGACUGGCGCCACCGCCACCACCGCCACCUCCACCAUCUAGUCACCCACAUUCACACCAGUAUCAUGGCAAAGCUGGUAUGGAACCGUGGCCCAACAGCGCUCAUCAUCCGGCCUUGGAUACUGGCACGUCUUACUCACCAUAUCCUACUGUUCCAGGUCUAGAAGCUCAAGUACAAGAGACGUCCAAAGAUCUAUAUUGGUUUUAAAUGUUUUAAUGAGAAUUGUUGUUAAAUUUCGGUAAAAUUUGAUUCUUCCGUUGUUAAUAUUGAAAUAAGUGAUUUUUACGUAUGUAUAAAAUAGAAAUGGUUAUACUCAACAGUCAACACCUCAGUGAAUACGCAAUUAUCUUUAAAUACUUACAAUUAGUCUUCGGUUUGUUUCUCUACAGAACAAUUUAACGUUCAAAUGAUACUAUUACAAUAAUAAUUAUUAUUAAUAUGAUAUAAGAUUACGAUGUUAUUAAAAUCAUGACGAUAAAUGCAAAAUUGAAAAAUUUUGUAUUGGACACAUGUAUAGUAUUAUAAUUAUGUAAAUCGUGUUGUUUGACGUAGCGUAAUUAAAAGAUAUAUACAAAUUAUAAGCUUUAGGUAUAUUAUGUAGUGCUGGAAAUUAAUAGGAUUACCAGAUUCUAAUUUGGCGGAGAUACCUAGAUUUUGGGUUAUUGGCGGUCAAAUUUUCCAAUUAAAUUAUUUUUAUUAUUUAUUUUAUUAAUAGCAGACUAUACAAAGUUUGAAGUAUAAAUUUAAAUUAUAAAAUUUGACUAAAUUAUCAAAACCACAUAUGACAUAUAUCAGAAUCUUACAAAAUCUAUAAUUUUUUCAAGCAUUAUAUAAUAAAAAAAUAAUAUAUUAUUAUAUUAUAUAACAUAUUAGUGUCUCACCACUUCUACAAUCUCCGUUGAAAACCUUAAAUUUUAUGAAAUGCUGGAUUUAUUCAAUUUUUAAUUUGUAUUACAGUAUUCAAUGAUAAUAUUCACCUGCAAACAUGUCAGACUUACGCUAGAUAUAUAUAUUUAGUAUACACAAGUACAACGUAUUAUAUACUAAAUGUUACAUACUUUCCUAAUGAAGUUUGUUGAAAAAAAUAUUUGUAUUCUAUUCAAUAUUUUUGGCCUCGUUGAUAAUUUAUGUCUGACAUGGCUGAUAAGUACUAUAGAUUUAUACUUAUAAUUUAACAAAAUUGUAUUAUAAAAGUAAGACGUUCAUAAAACUGAUGAC